ACAAAUAGUAUAUUGUGAUUUUGAAUAUACAGAUACUGCAGUGGUGUGAGGAGAUAUCCCAGAAAGACAUUUCUCAACAGUAGACAAGGACUGAGGAGACCUGGGUUCUGUGCUUAACUGUUACUGGCUGCUGGUAACCUUGGAUCUUGGUCACGGAACUUAAACAGUCUUUGGAUACAUGCUUCUACAAACUUGGUGAAGAUAUACUACAAACAGCUCACAUCAUUUCAUCCUGGGUUACAUUGUGCAGCUGUACAUGCUACGUGCAAGUGGAGAGUCAACUAACAUGGAAUGGACAAAUCAGGAAAAGAAUGGAUGAAUCACCCAAUGAACUGUGUGUGGGCUCUGCAUUCAGUGACAGACAGAUUCUCCCAUCGCAAGAUGUUAUUAAUAUAGUAGUGGAUACGUUGCUUCUUGAAGUCACUCAGCAACAAAAGGAACCAGUUUAAACAAUGGCUGCAGCAGCUGAUGGUUUGGGAAGUAUAGCUAUAGAUACCACACAGCUUAACAUGUCAGUUACUGAUCCAACGGCUUGGGCUACUGCUAUGAAUAACCUCGGGAUGGUUCCUGUAGGAUUACCUGGACAACAGCUUGUGACAGAUUCAAUCUGUGUACCAGGCUUUGAUCCAGGCCUCAGCAUGAUGACUGGAAUAACUCCAAUUAACCCUAUGAUACCAGGCAUGGGGUUAGUGCCGCCGCCUCCACCAACAGAUGUGCCUGUAGUCAAAGAAAUAAUUCACUGCAAAAGCUGUACACUCUUCCCUCCAAACCCAAAUCUUCCACCACCUUCCACAAGAGAGAGACCUCCUGGGUGCAAGACUGUGUUUGUUGGGGGUUUACCAGAAAAUGCUACUGAGGAAAUCAUUCAGGAAGUCUUUGAGCAGUGUGGAGAUAUUACAGCAAUUCGGAAAAGCAAGAAGAAUUUUUGUCACAUUCGUUUUGCAGAGGAGUUCAUGGUUGAUAAAGCCAUUUACCUUUCUGAUGACAGCAAAUUUUCAGAGGCCAUCACGGUGCUGCUUACAUGGAUUGAGCGAGGCGAGGUGAAUCGUCGCUCCGCAAAUCAAUUCUAUUCAAUGGUGCAGUCAGCAAAUAGUCAUGUUCGCCGACUUAUGAAUGAGAAAGCGACUCAUGAGCAAGAAAUGGAACAAGCCAAGGAGAGUUUUAAAAAUGCCUUAACAGGGAUCCUCACUCAAUUUGAGCAGAUUGUGGCCGUUUUCAACGCUUCUACCAGACAAAAAGCUUGGGACCAUUUCUCGAAAGCUCAGCGAAAGAACAUAGACAUUUGGCGAAAGCAUUCUGAGGAGCUCCGGAAUGCACACAGUGAACAGCUCAUGGGGAUCCGUCGUGAAGAGGAAAUGGAAAUGUCUGAUGAUGACAGUGGUGACAAUCCCAGUAAAAAGCUGAGAGUAGAUGAAUCAGCUCUAACAGCCCAAGCUUAUGCCCUGAAGGAAGAGAAUGACAGCCUCCGAUGGCAGCUGGAUGCUUACAGAAAUGAGGUGGAGCUUCUAAAACAAGAGAAGGGACAACUCUUUCGGACAGAAGAAAGUCUCACAAAGGACCAACAAUUGCAAUUUCUGCAGCAGACAAUGCAAGGCAUGCAGCAGCAAUUGCUGAGUAUACAAGAAGAAUUAAAUAAUAAAAAAUCUGAACUGGAGCAAGCAAAAGAAGAGCAAACGCAUACACAAGCAAGACUUAAAGUUCUUCAGGAGCAGUUAAAAAGUGCCAAGGAGUUAGCCGAGAUCAACGACCAUGACGAAUCUCAGGCAAAUGAAAUCAAUGUAUUGACAGUAGCAUUGGUCAAUCAAGAGAGAGAAAAAAAUUCUGAGAAAAGAAGUCAAGGUCUAAAAUCAGAGAAAGAGGCACUGUUAAUAGGUAUCAUAUCCACAUUUCUUCACGUCCAUCCUUUCGGCGCCAACAUAGAAUACCUUUGGUCUUACAUGCAGCAGUUGGACUCAAGGAUCUCUGCAAAUGAAAUCGAAAUGCUUUUGAUGAGAUUGCCACGCAUGUUUAAACAAGAAUUCACUGGCGUAGGAGCAACACUGGAAAAGAGGUGGAAGUUUUGUGCCUUUGAAGGAAUUAAAACAACCUGACUGAACUGUAAAGAAGCUAUGCAGAAGAAAAAUUCCAGAAGCAUGGCAGGGUUACAAAGUAUUAAAGUAUGAAAUUUGGUUUUGGCACAUAGAAAUCCAUUCUCCGAAUUAUCCAGGCUAAUUUUAGUUACAUUUGUGACGUUCUCUUGUGAGUGGAAAUGUGGUUGUGCACCAGUUCCUAAAAAUAAAAAUAUAAAAAAGUUUCAAAAUGUGACAGAUCUGUUUCCUAUGAAAACUGAAGAAAGAUGCCACAGUCAUAAUGCUGUCAAGAUAUUAACAUGCUACAUCUAAGAAUAGCUCACUGAGCAAAUGGAUAAGGAAAAAGAUUGCCUAGUUAUGGUUGCUAAGCUACAGUAAUGUAUAUGUAAUAUAUAGCAGAAAUCGUUAAGCUAUGUUCCUGAAAGUCUUUCCGUUAAGUAAUUUUACAGUGAGAAAAAUUAUACCAAAAGAAAACUUGAAGAUGUGUCUGAACAGUUAUUGUCUUUUGUAAAUUAAGUUAUAUGCUGUUCCAGGGAUUUUUGCCUUAUUGAAAGAGGCCUGAAAAUGUGAUUGGACUUCUCGAGAAUGCUUUAUCAAGAAUAUUAUUUUUCUAAUGUAAUUAUUCUCCAUUGUAAGUUCCUUUAACAUGCAUUGCAUAUCAAUUUUCAUAAACAUGUAAAUAAAGAGGAAACCAGUGUUACUGUAUUGUAUUUGGUAUGUAACAUUCAGGUUUAUGCAUCAAAAUAAAUGUUCAGUUGCAUUACUGUUACAGAUUUUAUAGCAAAUAUAAUAAUUUUUUUUCAAUAAAUAUGAC